UUCAAUUGUGCAUAAACGUUACCGACACUGCAAAGUGUGUGUGUCUUUCACAUGACAGCUCUUCGUCUGGUUUUUACAUAGAGAAGACGUCAGACAGUAAGAUUUAGUAGUAUUUUAGUUUAAUUGCGGGUCAUUUCUCUUACUAGAUUUUCUCUAGAGGGAUUGGCUGGCUCCUGUAUAAAUAUUUGUUGCGCAGCGCAGUUGCUGUCAGUGCAGCUUGAAACUUCGAAGGGUUUGGCUAUCUGGCGCGCAAAGGAAAGCCCAUGGCGUUAACAGUAAAAUGCUCCUGUUGGAUGCUGGUUCUGAGUGUCUGUCUCAUCCUGUCGGUAAAAGCUGAAUGUGGCAAAGAUUGUGCGUAUUGCGCAUACCACCUUCAAGAACACCAGGCAGAAAUAAACGCUGUUACCUGUACAUUAGAAUGCGAAGGGAGGCUGGCCCCUACCAAGUUCUGGGACCUGUGCCGAGACGUUCUGGCGGGGAAGAAGGCCGACGCGUCGACGGAGGCCGAACGCGUCGCCCUCGAGACUGACGACCAGGAGAACGACGACCACCAGCUGGCAAAGAAGUACGGCGGCUUCAUGAAGCGCUACGGCGGCUUCAUGAAGAAAACGGCCGAACUCUACAACCUGGAACCGGAGGACGAGAGUCGCAGCCGAGAAAUUCUAGCCAAGAGGUACGGCGGAUUUAUGAAGAAAGACGCGGAGAGCGGAGUGGACACCGUCGGCCUUUUAAAGGAGAUCUUGAACGGCGCUGGCAGAGAGACGGAGAGUCAUGGAGACCGUGAUGGCGAGACCAUGAAAAGGUAUGGAGGAUUUAUGAGAAGUGUCAGAAGAAGCCAGGACCUAGAAGAUGGGAUAAAAGAAUUACAGAAAAGAUAUGGUGGCUUCAUGAGAAGGGUCGGCAGACCUGAAUGGAAAGAAGACCAAAAAAGGUAUGGAGGAUUUCUCAAAAGAUCCAGGGAGGAAGAUGGUGAAUCUAACUCUGAAGAUGUGCCAGAUAUGGAAAAGAGAUAUGGAGGAUUUAUGGGCUAUUAGUUUCCAAAUCAAAAGACUUUCUCACAAAUCAUAUCUUAUCGUUCUACUGUCUUGCUUGCGAUGUACAGUUUUUUACUGUCGAAGGUUAAAGAAGAUUUACAAGUUUAUCUUUUCUCUUUCUGUCCAUCGUGAACUGCAAACCACUGUUGAUUGAAAUAGAUCCUUCCUCUCCCGUGCUUUAAGAUCAAUGCAGUUUUCAUAACAUGUUACAAACUGGGUUGUCUCAGACCUGCACGUCGUCUUUAUUUUAUCUGGUGCUUUCACAGUGUAACUUCAGCAUAUCAAAAUAUGCUAAGUUGUCCUUUUAUUCCAGCACCAUCUUUUUCACUUCCAAAUCAGCAAACUGUGUAAGGAACGCUGUGAUAUUUCAUUCUGUGGACUGUGUUAGUUUAAAAUUUUAAAUACAAUGCAUUUCCUUCCCAAAAAAGCAAUGUAUUUUUCAUUUCAUGAGAGGGGUUGCAGUAAGCUGCUGAAACAGACUUGUUCAUAUCCCUAUGUGUAUGUAGUUCUUGAAGCUUGAACUGUAUUUUGUUAUAUGCUCUCUAUUUUUUCAUUUGAAUCAAAACUGUACCUCCUACUGCUUAGCUUGUACAGAUUAUAAUAAAUUCAUUUUAACUGCA